UCCUAGGUUUUAAGUACGAUAGUUGGUUUCAUAUUGGUGGUUUGGAAAGCCUUUUUUCUAAUUUAUUUAAUCAGGCGCCUCAACCUUCUCUUACGUUGUGACUUUAUGGAAAAGUUUUAUAGAAAAGAAAAUGGUUUUUAAAAAGCACUUAUUGUUCAUUCUUAUGACUUUCUCUUCUUUGUCCUGUUCUGAAAGCUAGUUUUCUCUUAUGGGGAGAAGGAAAAGGAAUGGGUAAUUCAGUAAUACUUUGUCAGUUGACAUUUAUUUAACCAUGAUUUUGAGAUAACCCUGUUUUAAAUGUCUCCCAAAGUUUUUAGUUUUUUAUCCUUUUAAUGUAUGAGCAAUUCAGUUUCAAUUUUUUAAAGCAAAAGAACACUGCAAUAACUUUCAGCCACCUUUUUGGCCGACCCAGUGGGUGUUUAUGGAGCAGUACAAAGAAGACCUGUGUUUGCUCCUUUUUUUUUUUUUCUUCCUUCUCCCUUCUCCCUUUUCCCUUCCCUUCCCCUUCUCCUUCCUUUCCCUUCCUCUCCCUUCCCCUCCCUUCCUCUCCCUUCCCCUCCCUUCCUCUCCCUUCCCCUCCCUUCCUCUCCCUUCCCCUCCCUUCCUCUCCCUUCCCCUCCCUUCCUCUCCCCUCCCCUCCCUUCCUCUCCCCUCCCCUACCCCUCCUCUUCUCUCUCCUCCUCCUCUUCCCUCUCCUCCUCCUUCUUCUUCCUCUCUUAUCUCUCUCUCUCUCUCCACCCCCGCAACCUUCUUGACAGGGUCUCCCUCUCCUGCCCAGGCUGGAAUGCAGUGGAGUUAUCAUGAUCAUAGCUCACUGUAACCUGUAACUCCUGCACUCAAGUGAUCCUCCCACCAUGCUUGGGUAAUUGAAAAAUAAACAUUUGCAGGCUGGGUGCUGGCUCACACCUGUAAUCCAAGCACUUUGGGAGGCCAAGGCAGGCGGAUCACCUGAGGUCAGUGGUUUGAGACAAGCCUGGCCAACAUGGUGAAACCCUGUCUCUACUAAAAAUACAAAAAUUUAGCUGUAUGUGGUGGCAUGUGCCUGUAAUCCCAGUGACUUGGGAGGCUGAGGCAGGAGAAUCACCUGAGCCCGGGAGGUGGAGGUUGCAGUGAGCCGAGAUCGCACCACUGCAUUCCAGCCUGGGUGACAGAGUGAGACUCCAUCUCAAAAAAUAAUAAUAAAAACAAAUAAAAAUUUGCAGAGAUAGAGUCUUGCUACGUUUCCCAGGCUGGUCUUUGAGUUCCUGGCCUCAAGCAUUCCUCCUGACUUGGCCUCCCAAAGUCCUGGGAUUACAGCUGUGAACCACUAUGCCUAGUCCAUUUUCUUAAUACAGUAUAUUGUGCGAAGACCAGUGUCCUUAAGGACUGCAAUAAUUUAGGAAAAGUCCAGGUGCCAUUUUUGUCCUUUCUACUCUAACUCUACAUUUUCUGAGCUUGGAUUUUGAAUACAACAUUACUUUCCAGGAGUGUGUUCCAGAUUAGGGAGGGAUUCCUGGAUUCUUACUUCAAAGAUUUCUAAAUUAGACCAAGGCAUUUCUGGAGACCCCUUAGUAUAAAAUAAACCUAUUUUCCCUCUUUAUUAAUCUUUCAAUCCUUAUCCUCAAACUUUUUAUAGCUUUUGAUACAUUUGCUGAUGCUAUUUUUAAACUCCUUGUGUUGGUACUUUUAUGCCAAUUAUGAUUCCUCUACUCUCUUAAAACUGCUUUUCUAACUCCUUCACCAGUUCCUCUUCUUCCUCUUGCCCCCAGUUGUGGGAAUUUCUCAAAAUUCAAUCCUAACCUUUGGUAAAGCAAUCUGUAAUUCUCUGUUCCAUGACCUUCCCUGUCACCAGUAUUAUGAAGAAUGAGUCUUUCCCUCUUUAGGGCACCCAUAGUGCUAAUAGCCUCAUACAAAUUCUACUUAAUUGUUCACAGGUUUGUCUUUCUGUGUGAAUUGUAAGCUUUUUGAGGGUAGGGAUUUUGUUUUGUUCUUUUUUUAUACCUAAAAAGUCCAUAAAACAGUAAGUUAGUAAAUAACUGAAUGAAUUAUCUUUUAGUAAUACCUUAUACAUAGAACUCAUUACCUCUUCAUUAAUUUAUAGAGCUUGUGCACCUUUAUAAAAAUGACUCCCAACACUUACCUCCAUAUCUUGCCCCAUUUUAACUCCUACUCCUCUAGCAGAUAAGCCACACAUACAUCCAACAUUGUAACUCUACGCCUAAUUUCUCCUCUGACCUUCUAUUGUCUAAGCCUUCACCUUGAAUGUCACUUUACUUUCUGGCAUGUGAACCAAGUGAUUACAACAGAUUCCUGGAUCUCAUGUCAAAGAUUCCUUUGAUGUGAGAAUCUGAACAUUUAUUUAUAUCUAUAGAUUUACAAUUUUAGUCCAUUUUGAGAGUUAUAGUAUCUCUUGUUACAUAUUGUUACAUUGAAUUAUAGAUCUAUUCAUAGGCGACUUUAAAUGCCCUUAGGCUUUGAGUUAGAGCUGUUACAUAGGUAGCUGCAUGGCUUUUUCUGAACAUCCACAAAGUAAUUACUAUUCAAAGUGCAUACUAAUAAAUCAAUGAAGCCUCCACAUUAUUUGGGAAGUAGUCAAUCAAAGGCUAAAUUCAAUGUUAUGAUAACUUUUAGGCAGUAGUUCUUUAGACUUCUGUAUUUAAUUGGACAGAAAAAAUGUAAAAAAGGGGAGGAGAUUGAUAGGACAUCAUUAAUAAAACAACUACUAUCUACUAUCACUAUCAUUUAACAAAAGACAUUUUAACACCAGGAAAGGGAAGAGAUCUCAGUGUAGGGCUCUACACUUUAAGUUAAAUAAAUUAAGUUUUAUUAUAGAUCUUUAUGUUGUAUUUAUUUUUCUUAUUUUGUCAUAUAUGAUGGAACUUUUGUCAUGAAUCAGAACUGGCCUGUGGUCCAGCCUUUGAGAAUUACUGCUCUGGACUAAGUAGAUUGCUAUUUAGAUUAACAUGAUGCCCCCAGAUUGUAAAGGACUGACACUUGCCCCCAUGUUCAAUCUAAUAUGUGGUAGAUUGUAUUUUCCAGGAUGGCCACAUCUCCCUUCCCACAUGCUCUUCUUACAAUAUGGUCAUGACAUUCCUCACGUAGAGAGAUGUGUCUCUGUUCUUUCCUCUUGAAUCUGGGCAGGCUCGUCACUACAGUGGAAGUGAUUCUAUGUGAUUUCUGAGGCUAGAUCAUAAAAGGUGAUGAGGCCUCUGCCUAACUAGGGAAAAUGCUUUCUCUUGAGAUGCUCACUCUUGACCAGCCUAUAGAGAGAUCCACAGGGAGGAACUGAGGCCCCAGCCCACAGCCUUGGUUGAGCUCCAGCCUGCAGUCAUCCCCAACUUGCCAGCCAUAUGAGUGAGCCAUCUUAGAAGCAGAUCCUCCAGUCAAGCCAGCCCAGCUGAUGCUGUGUGGAGUGGAGACAAGCCUUCUGUGCUGAGCCAUGCAAAAAAUUGCAGAUUUGUGAAUGAAAUAAAUGAUUGUUAUUGUUUUAAGCUACUCAGUUAUGUAUUUGUUACUUAACAAUAUAUAAUUCACAAAUUGUAUAACUUGGAAGUGAGAAAUUGACAUAACAAAACCUAAAAUACAUGGCAUUGUCUUUGGGACUAGAUGGUAGAGGACAGAAAGGCCUGGAGGAGGGUGUGGGUGAAAGCUACAGGCCUUCAAGUACAAUAUUAGCAGAAGCUCUAGGGCCUUCUAGGAGGCUAUUGGUGAGUUUAUAGUAAAGAGAGGAAGAUGUUAUUGGAAGCUGGAGAAACCCUUGUUAGGAGAUGGUGGGUAAGUUUGGCCACAUUUUGUCUAAGGAAUGAAUUCGAUGACCCUGCUAAGGAUAUUUCCAGACUGAGUGUGGCUUCUACUAAAUGAGAGGAGAGAGAGAAACUGAGAAGGAACAUUUCAGCUUUCAAAUAAAUUUUAGGAUUUAGAAGAUAUGAAAAGAGCCAGUGCUCACUGGCUUUGAAAAUAAAAUUGCUUUUCAAUCCUAUCCUUUCUAGAUGGCAAAAAGUUCUCCACCUAAGGAAUGGUUUCUGGGAAAAAGAUAAAAUCCAUGGUGGAAUUAUAAAGUCAUUUGUUAAGAAUUCAGAAAUAUCUAAGGUGGUGCCUCAUAGAACCUUUCAGACUUUAGGUGGGCUUUCUCCAUGCAGCUGGGAAGGUGGCCUCCAGCUGCUCUGAGGGGUCAUCAUCACAACUAAACCUAAGUGGAGAGAGAACAGCUGUCUCCCAAUAAUGGAAUAUACCAACCUAGGGAACCAUCUAAUUGGUGUUGUCUGAGCCCAUGCCCACUCCUGAACCAAUUAUAAUGUUAGGAGGAUGGGAAACUGACUAACCCCCCUAUGUUUUGUGUCUAUCUCAAUUAAAUAGUAUUGUCUCUUUUCAGAAGAUGGAGUUGGGAGAAAACACUGGGCAGCCUCUCAGCGCUCAACUCCCCAAACUGACCAGAAUCUCCUUCAGCUGGAUUUAUAAAAAAUGGUGAAAUAUAACUUUAUUAUUGCUUUUUUUUUUAAAAAAAAGCUCCAUGGGAAAGGAUAAAAAAUUUGAUCACCUCUAUAUUUUAGUUAUUGCUUUCUUUAGCUUUCAGAACUAUGUGUAAGCUAACUGACUUUAUGGAUUUCCUCCAAGUUUUCCUGAAGUAUGAGGAUUUUUCUAAAGGCCAUGGGGAAUCUGAACUUCGAAACUUAAAUUCAACCUACAGGAGUCUUAGCUGCAGGGCUUAGGUGAACCGAGUGAGCCUGAGGGGACAGCAGUAGGAUGGGAACUAGGCAGAACCUGGAAGGGCAUUACUCAAACUGAGUAGUGCUGAGAUCAGUUUGACUAAGGAGAGAGUCAAACUUAAUUUUGAGAGGAAUCAAGGUGACAGCCAGUAUAGAUAAGGUGAAGAUCCGAAUGGGAGGGUAGUGAACUUGGUAAUGAGGUGAGUUAAGUAAAGGCAGAAGAGGGAAGAGUUAAGGAAUGGGUCUCUUAGGAGAGGGCCUGUGAAUAAGACAAUUAUUUUUUAACAUAGUCCUUGGCAUUAUAGUAGGGAUGAGCUCAGUGGCUUAAAAGAACCACGUCAGUUUGUACAAAAAAGGAAGUCAUAAAGAAUAUUUUAGGAGCUAGUAUGUGGGCACCAAUGUUGCUUGUCACAGUCAGAGCUGUUGAUUAGAAUUGUGUUUAGUCUGAAGUAGGAAUUGAGACUCACUUGCCAGAGGUUUCUUGAUACAUAGUGAAGGUAUAAUCUUACUGCUGUGAUGUUCUCCUUGGUGCCCUCAAGAAGAUGAUGUGCAGCAACCUUGGUGAAUGUGGUAUAGGAAUGAGAGAGUAGAAUUUGUCACAAAACAACUCUUCCUUGAAAGUAACCCACCAAUUGAUGAUUAUUGUUCAUUUGUUUAAUAUUUAUACUGUAUUUGUUUUUAGUAAUUAUAUUUGAGGCAAGAAGUAUAUAACUUAGGCAUCAUGGAAUUUGGGAUGCAUUUGUCCUCCCAUGAAGAAUGGGUAACAUUGUUUCUUCAAAUUAAGGACUGGAAACCAAUGAUGGAUAGGAGUUAGGAAAAUGGGAGUGAGAAACAUUGAAAAGGAAGGAGAGGUAGAAAAAUAAAAUGAAACAGUAUGACUGAAAAAGAAUUACAGAGGAGACAAGACUGUGUUGAAGAGGGUUAGGGCUGAGCCAGAUGGUGUUGGCAUAAGAAAUAUAGAGUAUAUAUCAAAAAUAUAGAAGGAGAUUCUGUCUACAUUAAUAUCUUUGACCAUUUCAGCUAUUAUGUUGUUUUGGGACAAUCAAAGAUGGGAGAGACCGAACAGAGUGAGUUCAGGAAAGGUCUUUAUUAAAAGGUGAUCACCUGGCUCAGUAGGACUAGCGUCCAGGAAAGUCUGAGCCCUGGACAAAGAAAGCAGCCACCUUUUAAGCAGUCAGUGGCCAGGAGCUACAUGAUGCAGGAAGCGUACUUACAGGAGCGAGAACAAAGGCAGUUGAUCAGUCUUUUACAUUUAUCUAUACUACAUGUUCCACAUCCCUGGGAAACCAUGUUUCUGUAUUAACCUUGUAACUUUGCAGCUGCGCUAGGGAGGUGAAACAGGAACUCCCUGAGCCUCAAGGAAUGUGAAACUAGCAAGUACAGAUAAGGCUUGCUGAGCACAGAAGGAAAAACACGCUGUUAGUAUUCUUCUCUAACUUAGACUACAGGGGAGCUACACUACACUUAGCUUUUGAAGGGAAAAGUAAAAAUUUUUGGUUGUCUUUGAUUAUACUUGUAAAAUUCAUGAAUUCAUUCUACAAUGUCAGCAAAAAAAAAAAAAAAAAAAAAAAUCAGUUAAAACAGUUGUGGGUACCUACAUAACUUGAAUGUUAAAAAAUGAAAGCUUCCCCAGAACUAGAUCACUUGGCUUCUUCUGGAUUGGGGGUGGGGAUAAUGUAGGCAGCCAAUCAGAACGAAAGAAGGCUGGCAAGGAACCAAUGAGAAGUAGGCACGGAAAUGGAUUUUGGUGUAAUAUCAGUUGGUAAUACUGUCCCUGGCAAACAGACGCAUAACUGUGCAUUGUUCUUUGGGAUUUUGAGAGCCUUCCUCUCAAUUUCAACUUUAAAGCAGCUUAAUCUUUAAGGAACAUAUCUCUGAUCUGGGUAAUUUGUAGAACUUAAUUUGAGGGUCAUUACACGUGAGGAUAGCAGGAGUUGAAGAUGCCAAGGACCUGAAGGGCUACUGGAGGGACAGAUGAAGUGAUUUGAAGAUGUAGCAUUUUGAAUCUCUUUCUGGCCCAUCCUCUGCUUCACACCAGAAUCAUUGUGACCUGUAGACCUGCAAAACAAAGGACCAAAGGUUAGCGUGCAGAAGUGAAAGUGUCAAUAAUAACCAAACCACUCCAUCAAGUUAGGUCUGGGGAAAAGCAGCAGCAAAAAUGAGUUCUUACUUCUGGGCACAAAAUGAAAGUAACAGACCUGAUUUACUCUGCGGGCAGCCAGCUGACUACCUUGUUGAAGAGAAACAUUUCACAACGCUUGUAUGCUUCAUUGUUGUUUUGGGAGGGCUUUUGAAGAUGUGUUUAAAGAAUUCUGAAGUCAUUGUUUUGACGAUUCUUUCUCUAUCAGGAUUCGUGAUAGGACACAUGGCCUACAAUUCUGUUGAGGUGCACCAAAUUGUCUACCCUCUUCUAAGAACAUCAAGUUUUUCACUUUAUUCUUACUUUUCACCUUUAAUUAUAUUUAUGGUUGCUUUGGAUUUAGAAUUUUAUACACUCAAGAAAAUGUUUUGGCAGGUCUUGUUAACUGGAUUAAUUAGCUUUUCUACAGCAAGCAUCAUAAUUGGAUAUGUCGUUAUAAAAUUCAAUAAAGAUUCAUGGGAUUUGCAAUCUUGCCUACUCUUUAGCAUCACCCUUGGCAUUAUAGAUCCUCUUCGUUCUGUGAAUUCACUAAAAACUAUUGGCAUUUCUAAAAUAUACAUUGAUCUCAUUAGAGGAGAAUCAUUGAUCAUUUGUAGCAUCGCAUCAAUUUUUUUUGGAAAUUUUCGGGGCAACAGAAUCCACUUUUCUAUUUUUAGAGAUUUACAUGUAGGCAUUGAACUCAGCUAUGACAUUUUGGGAAGCAUAAUAUUUGGAUAUUGGUGUGCAAAAAUCAUUCAGUGUAUAUUGGCUGACGUUUUUAGCAAUAUGCUGACUAAUAUCAUUCUCUGCUUUUCAAUGGUGUACAUGACUUUCUAUAUUGUGGAAUUUUUAGGAAUGUCAGGCACUCUUGCCUUAGCCGCUGUAGGACUGAAUUUAGAUUCUUUAACUUUUAAACCGAAGAUCGAACUUGUAAUUACUAAGUUCUUAAGAAUUUUUUCAUCUGUAUAUGAACAUUUAAUAUAUGCUUUCUUUGGCAUUGUGAUUGGAUGUGGAGAACUCAGCCAUUAUGAAUUUUACACUAUACCUUUCAUAUUCAUUUUAUUUACAACAGUGAAUUUGGUAAGGUUGCUUACUAUUUUGUUAGUGAGCCCUAUUUUGAUGCAUUCAAAUUAUGAAUAUAAUUGGCGAUGGGGAGUUGUAAUCACGUGGUCUGGAAUUAAAGGAGUUUUCAAUUUACUCUGGGCUCCUGAUGUUUAUAAUCUCGCUGAACGAAAAGUGGAAGUACCACAAAUGUUUAUACUCUAUGUACAAGUAAUAUCAUUAUUGACAAUGGGAAUAAAUUCAUACGUGAUGACUCAGUCAGCCAGGAAGUUAGAUUUGUGUGUUCUUUCCCUCCCAAGACAAAUGAUCUUGCAAAAUGCCACUCAGCACAUACAGGAGAUAGUACAGAACACAAUAACUUUAUUUAAAACAGAAAAAAUUUUGACAAAUGUUAACUGGACCUUAGUAGAAGAUAAAACGAGGAUUGAAUACAUUCCUUUUUCCCACGUUUCACAUAACGAUAUGAAGACAGACUCCACAACAGAUGAAGCUUUAAUGGAAGAAGCCAGAUUGCAUGUAGCUGCAGUACAAAUGAGUAGCUUUGAAAAACAGCGUAACAAUGGAAUUCUUGAAAUAGAGGCAGCCCGGAUAUUAAUUGGUGCAGCAAAAUGCUAUUACUCCAUCCAAGGAAAAUUCAUGAGUAUUUAUGAUGUUUCAACUUAUAUGAGAACUAGAAGUUGGCUUAUAAAGUUUAAAAAUGUUUUAACUUUCUUGGAAUAUUGUAUAGAAAAGAUACAUUUUAUUCCACCUGAGAGUAAUACAUUUCUGACUUUUAUAUUUCACAUAGUAUUUUCUGAAGAAUUUGAAUAUACAGGACAGAUUAUAAAUCUGAUAUAUAUUUAUCCUAUGAUAAUACAUCUGUGGCCAAUGGCAAGAGGUUUAAAUGUGUCAGCACUGAUAUCAAUAAACUACUAUUUUAUGUUUUUAUAUGUAUUAGAAUCAACAUUGAAGAUAAUAAUUUUGAAAAGGAAAUAUUUUCAACAAUGUUGGAAUACUUUGGAAUUUUUUAUCCUGGUUAUUGGAAUCAUUGAUAUCUUUUGUGUAUACUUUGUGAAAUUGAGACCAGACAACUUGGCUCUUAUAGAGCUUACAGUAAUAAUGGGAUAUUUAAGAAUAAUUAGGUUUCUUCCUCUCUUCAAGAUAAUAGUACCAAUACUGACAAGAAUUGCAGAUGUGCAGAUCAAAAAGCGCCUCAGCUUGAUGUAUAGUAUUACAAAAGGCUAUAUCAAAAGUCAAGAAGAUGCCAAACUUCUAAUAAAACAAAUAGCUGUCUGUGAAUCAAUAUAUCAGAAACUAUGUGAAAUUUUGGAAACCAACAAACAGGAUGCUGUCAAAGAAUUAGUACUCAUGGAGCAUGAGGGUCGUGAUGUUGUCAUUGCUUUGAAGACUAAACAGGCAAUCCGGAAUGUGAUUGCUAAAGCUCUAAAAAAUCUCACCUUCCUUUGUUCAAGAGGCAUUAUCGAUAAGCAUGAAGUCAUUGAGAUAAAUAAGGUACUUCUUAAAAAAUUAAAAGCACUAAAUAACUUUCCAAAGGCAAUCCCACCCCCGACUCCUGACAUAUACCUUCACAACAUCAUUUGGCUGGAAGGUAAAGAUGUUCUCAUUGACUUCUUCAAGGAAAGAGCCAAACUUGCCUGUUUUGACUCUGGAGAUACCAUUUGUAAGGCAGGUGAAAUGCCACAAGGAAUCUACUUAAUUAUUUCAGGAAUGGCAAUUUUGCAUAGUUUUUCUCCUACCUUUGGAACAGAGAGUAGCCAAAGGCGUGAUAGAAGGUCCAGAGUCAUGUUUACAGAGUUCUGUACUACUGGGGACAUAAUUGGAGAGCUAAGCUGUCUGCUUAAGCGUGAAAUUGAAUAUACUGUCAUCUGUGAAACUAGUUUACAGGCUUGCUUUAUCUCCCUGGAGGAUUUAUAUGAAGGCUUUGAUGCCUUCUGGCCAUCUCUGGAAUAUAAAAUAUGGCUAAAGCUUGCUCUCAGUACUGCCUAUCAGUAUUUUGAAUCAAGUCUUAUUGACGAGGACUUAAGGUUUCAGAACUGUGUGAUGUUCAAUCAAGCAUAUGUGGAAACUUUAUCAAGCUAUAGUGACAUGACUAUUGAUAAUAUGACCAUGAAAUUUGUUAUCAUUGUGUAUGGCAGUGUGAUUGAUACUAAGACAGAGGAACCAUAUUUUGCACCUUGCAUUAUACCUACAACCUGUGAGCAGGUUCAGGGAACUUCUGAUUUAAGCAAGCUACUGAUAAUCCAAGCAUCUGAGCUUACCCGAAGAAAUAGUAACACCAAUGUCAUGGCCUCAGUCAACAUGGUCUUUGAACCACCAGGAAAGAAUAUAAAUGGAAGACAAAAGAUGAGUUGAAAACUGGAUACCAUUUUAGAAAAGGGUAUUAAUGAUACAAAUAUGAUGUGUGGAGUCAGGUUAAAGACCAAACUACUUUCCUCGCUCAAAUACUAAAGGAUUAUCUGCAAGGAGUUUACUUAGAAGCUACCGAAACAGGUUACUGCUGCAUUUAGUUUAUAAGCAAUGGAUGGACUUCUGUAAAAAUUCUUAAUUUUAAGUAGUUGCAUUAUAUUUGGGAUGUUAAAAAAGUCUUCAGGAUAAUAUAAAAUACACUGAAACAUAUGUCCUACCAAAUGAAACCCUGUUUCCAGCUAAGAGCAAAUUUUAACAUAGUGCAUUAUAAAAAGUGUUGUAUAACUGAUAUGUUACUCUCUAAAGCAUAGAACCUGUAAUUUUCAUUUGUGAAAUUGUUAUAAUUAGUGCCUCCCUAAUAUUUUCCAGAGUAUAGCUAUUCUCCCCUUCCCAGUUUGGUAAAUAUUGAAAAACAGAAUUAUAUUCCACAAUCUUAGUAACUUUCAGUAAGUAAGUAACUUUUGCUUUCAGUGAAAUUUAGGAGAAAUUAAUAUUCUCAUAUUGCAUAGUACUGUUUGAUGUCACCUUUCAUUUUAUUUUUAAAAAUCAAAUAAAGUUGAGUUUUAUGGUUGUCUAUUUA